AAAGACUCUGAGUUGAUACCCCCCCUUUUAAACAGUAAUUAUAUUCAGCAUGUAUUCAUUCAUAAGUUGUUUAUAUUUCAUGUUGUUAAAAGCCUAUUUAAAAUUAUAAUCAGUGCAAUUAAGUUCUCAAUCGGCUUUGUGAAAUGGUUUUAUAGCCUACAUUUUCCAGGGUUGGAAACUUAGGCCUACUGGCAAGGAGGUUAAAUAGUAAGGUCCUCACUCAUUGGUCAUUGUUCAAAUGGCCUUAGACCAGUCCGACCCUGUGUGUAAGACCCCUGCUCAAUAAUGUCAUUGUGUAGUAAAGUGCUUGUCAGAAAGUGUACCGUUAUAUUGUUGCACAAAAUAAUUGAACUCACUCUCAAUUGAGGCAAAUGAAAAAAUUAAAAAGUAUGACGGAAUCAAAAUGGCGCUUUCCGAAUGAAAACAAACCGGUGCUGUGUACUUUUCCUUUGCAGACAACUGCAUGGUCUGUCUUCUUUUGUUCAGCAUGGAAACAUGUUCUGCUUCAGAUGGAAGAAUAUUUCUUAGAUUUUGCUAAUAUCUGGAACUGAGUAGUGGGAAGUGAGUGAAGUAUUUGAACUACUGUGGACAAAGAUAGUGCGAAUAAAGUAUUUGGAAAACUGUUAACAAAGAGCCCAGUUUUUCGUGUGCUCCGUUUUCACGACAACUUCAAAAAUGUCUUCGAGAUGUUUGCUACAGUUACGGCCUCUUUCGGUCAGUGGUAGCAGCAGAGGCUUGUGUUCUUCUACAAACAGACUCUUUGCUUGGAGGGAGCGGCGGACGAGUCACCAGCAUCAGACUUGUAGUGUGUCCACCUGGACUCCAUUCGCCGCUGCUUUCAACACUCGGCCACACCGAAAGCUCAACCUCAGGCUGAGGCGAGAGAGUACGGGUUUGUUUGGCAUCCCAGAGCUGAAGGACCACACAGGUUUCUACCUGCUGAAGCAAGGCGUGGAACAGGAUGUGGAGAGGCUGCUGGAGGAGGCCGCCUCGCCUCUCAGGAGCCGCAAGAUGGUCACCAUCUUUGACGAGCUUUCCGACACCCUGUGCAGAGUCGCUGACUUGGCGGACUUUGUUCGUGCAUCUCAUCCAAAAUCUGACUUUGCCGGUGCAGCAGAAGAGACGUGCGUGGAGCUCUCUAGUCUUGUGGAAAAACUUAAUACCAAUCAAGCCCUUCACAACGCACUGCUAAAUGUGUUGAUAGAGGGCGACAGUGUGCCCACAGACGCCAUUGACCAGAGAGUCACUGAGCUCUUCAUGUUUGACUUUGAGCAGAGUGGAAUCCAUUUGGAAGAUGAACAGAGAGAGGAGUUUGUCAAACUGAACGAGAGCAUCCACAUGUUGGGAACUUUCUUCCAGCGCGGUGCUCAUAAGCCUGUUGGAAUUCCCAAGACAAAACUGCCCACAAACUUACGUCAUGUGUUUGGAGUUGACGGAGAUAACAUCAUGGUGACGGGUCUUUUCUCUGAUCAUUACAGCAGCAUGGUGCGUGAGGCAGCCUACAGGAUUUUCCUCCACCCAGACCAGCAUCAGGAAGAGAUCCUCAGUAGUCUGCUGACCGCCCGCCACCACCUGGCCCAGCUGGUGGGCUUUGACACGUACGCCCACCGCGCCAACAGGGGCACCAUGAUGGAGGCACCAGAGAAAAUAACAGGAUUUUUACGCCUUCUGUCUCAAGAGCUGAAGUCAAGGGCUACGGCUGACUAUGAUGCUAUGUUGGAUCUGAAGAAAGAGCAGGAGCCUGAUGCCAAGGUUGUGAUGCCAUGGGACCCCCCGUAUCUGUCUGCUUUGGGAAGGCAAAAACGGACUGCAAUGUCCAACAUGGACAGCAUGCCUUUCUUCUCACUGGGCUGUGUGAUGGAGGGUUUGAACCAGCUCUUCCAGUGUCUGUUCGCAGUGUCCCUGCACCACGUGCAGAUGGAGCCGGGGGAGGCCUGGACGGAGGACAUUCACAAACUGGCUGUCGUGCACAAGACGGAGGGUGUUCUCGGCUACAUCUACUGCGACUUCUUUGAGAGAUACGGAAAACCAAAUCAGGACUGCCACUUCACCAUUCAGGGCGGACGAUGCAAAGAGGACGGCAGCUACCAGCUUCCUGUGGUGGUGCUGCAGCUGUCUCUGUCUGGCCCGCGCGGGACGUCGGUGCCCACGCUGCUCAGUCCUGGGAACGUGGACAACCUGUUCCACGAGUUUGGUCACGCCAUGCACUCCAUGUUGGGCCGAACACGCUACCAGCACGUGACGGGUACCAGGUGUUCCACCGACUUUGCCGAGGUCCCAUCUGUUCUUAUGGAAUACUUCGCUUCGGACCCUAGGGUCAUUUCAACAUUCGCACGCCACUUCAAGACCGGAGAGCCAAUGAAAAUGGCUGCAGUGAAGAACCUCUGUGACUCAAAAAAGAUGUUCGCGGCUUCUGACAUGCAGCAGCAGGUGUUCUUCUCCAUGCUGGACCAGGUGUGCCACGGGCCCCACCCACUGCCGGGCUCGACCACAGACCUCCUGGCUCAAGUCCAGAAUGAGUACUACCACAUCGAGCACGUCAAGAACACGGCCUGGCAGCUUCGAUUUGGCCAUCUGGUUGGUUACGGUGCACGAUAUUACGCCUACCUGGUGUCUCGGGCCGUCGCCGCGGAGCUUUGGCACACCUGCUUCAAAGCCGAUCCCUUCAGCAGGACCAUGGGAACUCGAUACAGGGAGGAAAUGUUGGCUCAUGGAGGAGAGAAACACCCAGCACAGAUUGUGCAAGACAUGCUGGGUAAACCGCCAACUGUUGAGAACCUGGUGGGGGCUCUGAUGUUGGAGAUGGACGAGAACACACGCCAUCUGGAGCAGAGAUGAUGUCACUUCUCUAGACCGUCGGUUGAGAGCUGGAGGCGACUGUGUCCAAAUAACUUGUUUUGAGACAGCUGGAUUGUUAUCCGAGGUACAGAUUUUCCAGAUAAAUCUGGGAAGUCUGGAUUUCUGAAAAUGUACCGAAUUCUGCUUGACUUCAGCCGUAUUUUCUUGAUGCAAGGUGUUACUGGUAGAUAAUACGAUCCGUAAACUUUGAGUCCCCGCCUGCGUGUUUCCGCAGGAUCCAAAAAGUUCCUGAUUUUCUUUUCGAUGACCGGUUUGCACCUCUGAUUCAUUGCAAGGUGUAAACACAAAUUCUUGGAUGUGGACUCACACGGAAGAGCAGUUGUGGCAGAACUAUUGGGCGGGUUGAUGAGAUGUUUUCAAACAUCGUGGAAUGUCGUUUGAAGGCUGUAAGUUUGCUCUUUUUGAAAGUUUAGACCAGAGUGGAUUUAGUCACUUCUGGCUCUCAGACGAUGGUAUGCUCUGUGUGUGUGUGUGUGUGUGUGUGACUUGAGGGAAAGUGCAUGAAGUUUUGACGUGUUUGGUGGUAAAUGUAGAAGACUGGGAGAAGAAGUUUAUUGUGUUUUUUAUUUGUUAACAAGGUGCAGAGGGAGUUUGAUCUGGUCUGGGGUGCAAGGUGUUUUUGUCAGAAUAUGUUUCCUAGCCUAAAGUGUUACUCUCUC